AUGGAUACCAUAGACGACAGCCUCAUUGACCCCGACCUUCUGGAGGCCGGGCCUUCGCUUGUCGAGCGCAUGGGAAGCGUCGACAUGGCGGACGGCGACGAGAGCGACAUUGAUUACGACAACUCUGAAGACGACUAUCAAGACUCGAAUCCGGAUCUCCCUGAAGAAGAGGAAGAAGGGGUGCCUGUAGAGGAUGAUGUAUUUGGUCGAUUAGCAGGGUACGCUUCGAGAGCAGGUGCAGGCGAAGAUGCAGGGGAUGGGAACGCAUUUCAGCGGGAGAUAGAGCUUGCAGAUGAAGAAGAAGUGGUCCCUCGAACCCGCUCGGGGAAGGGCAAAGCGAAAGCAAAGCGCACGCACAAGCCAUCCCAUCAAGUACUCCACCUCCUGGGUCAGGCCAAUAUGGCAUAUCUUGAGGGAAAUCUGGCGGAAGCUAUUGAAAUGUACCUGGAAGUCAUCCGACUUGAUCCCUAUGUGCCGGCGGCUUGGACGACGCUGUCUUCAUGUUAUCAAGAACUGGGUGAUGUUGAGAAAGCCAGGCAGAUGAGGUUCCUGGGAGCGCAUCUGGAUGAUGAAGGGGAUAGCUGGAGAGACCUGGCAUACGAAUUCAAGUCACUAGGGCAGCUAGAGCAAUGCGUCUACUCUCUUCGUAAAGCGCUCAAAUAUGAGCCAGAAGGCAUUGACCUGUUAUGGGAUCUCGGAAGCGUCUACAUCGAACAAGGACAGAAGGCCAGGGGUGCCAACGUAUUCAAAACGAUGAUGUCUGUUGACCCGGCAAUCUCGAAUGACCCGGCUUUCGUCUCUCUUUUCCGCCCUGUCCUUGUCGCCACCCACCAACGAGCUCUUGCAGCCGAGGCUGGCCGAAAGACGUUCGACUAUCAUCUGACCACGUACUCUACACCGACCUCACCACCAUCAGCCCCACAGGCGCCUCCGGCAAUGACUAUGGACUUUAUCACCGCUCUCAUCGACGACUUGAUCAGUACCGAGGAGUUUGAAGAUGCUCUAGAGGUGGUGAGGAGCGGCCAGCGGUGGUUACAUGGGAGAGGCUCGCAGAAGCAUUGGGAUGCGUUGGAGGAUGAUCGUGAAUUUGACCCACCUGGCACUCUCAGAAAUGACGAAGAAUCGAGUGGAUAUGAGAUGGACGUUGCCAUGCGACAUCGUCUAGCUCUGGUCCGGAUUAAACUCGCAGACGAGGAAGAAGCAGACAUCCAUAUCGACUACCUCAUUACCCUCGACCCUCUGAUAUACCAUGCCUUGCUCCAAUCGCUGGGAGACGCGCUCAUGGACCGCUCGCAAUGGGAUCGUGCGCUCGACUGUUAUGCUAUCAUCCAGGAAUGUGAUGAGCUUGCGGACGAUACGGGGCUCAUCUUCAAGAUUGGUGUUUGUCAGUGGAAGACUGGAGCUUUGGAUUCAGCAUUGGAGGCUCUGCAAUGGGUAGUCACUUCCAUCGACCCGGACAAUCUCGACGCACGGCUCAAGACCGCCAGCGUGCUUGAAGAUAUGGGCAGGAAAGCUGAAGCUCUCGACCUCGUCACAGAAGUCAUCCGAACCCGAGCAUCCCGAGGCACACUCUCAUCAACCCUCCAGCCCUUACAGCCCCAUCAAAAAGUAUCCAAACGCGCUUUGGAAGAUCAGAUGCGGUCACAAAUGCAAAGCUUGUGGCUGGAUGUACAAGAAGCCGAGCGAGGGACGAUGGAAGGCGAAGAAGGGGCUGUGGAUAGGUUUGUGGAGGCUGCGGGGGUGUUGGUGGAGAAUUAUCGGAUGGAUAGAUCGAAUUUUGGGAAGAACAGGGGUGUGGUUAGGGUUUUGAAGACCAAGAAGGCGAAGAAGAAUGACAUUGACGACCAAGCGGCAGAGAUGCAAGAUCGUCUUGAGCGGACUUUGGGCUUGGAGGACGACGAAGAAGCUCAAUACCAUGUGUUCCGCAAAACAUCUUUCUACGGCUUGUCCAAUGAAGAGUGGUUGACGCUAAUAGUCAAGUACUGCUGCGUGCUCAUGGUUCGUCGAGAGGAGGAUGUGGCUAUGGAUAUCCUGGAGCACGUGGUGUGGUCGGGACUGUUCCACACUCGACGAUGUGAGAUUGCUUUACGCAUGACUAUGAUUGCUUGUGCUAUGCGCAUGAGAGCGUGGAGCAAGAUCCUCGAGUCUACCGCCCAGCUCAUCGUCCACUCUCAGUUUUUGCCCCAACCCUACCUUGUCAUGCUCGGUGCUCUCGCAUCUGGAGGUCUUGCCGCCCAAUCGGCCUACACGAUCGUCACUUUCCAGAAUCUCAUGAACCGAGAUCUCCGUACAUUCGACGACGCAGUUGAGCACGGCGAAAAGAAGCUGCACUUCAACGAAGGUAUCGGGCGAUGGACGGCCAACAAAGGCAAGACGAAGGGAGAAGAUGGUGAAAAGUCUACAAAGAAGCCAAAGGGCCAGUGGAAGAAGCGAAGGCAGGACGAGCCUGGUGCGGGAGAUGCGGUGGUGGACGAGGAUGUUGAUAUGGAGGACGAGAAUGCGAGACUGGGGAGUAUCGAAGGCGAAGGAAUCGGAUGGGGAUACAGACCGGUCUUGCCCAAAAAGUUCUCGCCGUACAUGAACUUUCUUUUGGCGCAAGAGAUGUUGGCUUCGAGGUCGUUCCAAGGAGCUAUCUUCUACCUCCUUCGAGCGUACAACAUCGAUCAAUGGAACCCUUAUCUCUGCCUCCUCACCGCCCAAGCCUACUUUGGCCGAGCAAUGCAGCGUCAAUCGGACAAUCGACCUCACCAGAUAUCUCAGGGUAUGAUAUUCUUGGACCGGUACCGCAAGCUCUCGCCCAAAGAAGGGAAGCCACGGGAGGAGGUUGAAUACAAUUUCGCGAGAGCCUUUCAUGGCAUGGGGCUCUCGGCGUUCGCGGUGAAGCAUUAUGAGAAGGUUUUGGAAGGGGUACAGAGUCGAAUGGAUGAAAGUAUGGAGCCUGAAGCUGUACGCAGGGCGUCGCUCGCAUGGGAGGCGGCGCACAAUUUGAUGUUGUUGUAUGCGUCCUCCGGGAAUAUGGCGUUAGUCAAGGAAAAGUCGAUCUGGAUGGCAAUCUAG